UUUCCAUCCCAGCCCAAUGUUCAGGGAAACAUGAGCUUCUAAUUCAUGGCAAGAAGAUCGUCAUUGGAUUAGUGUCUUAGGAAUCAAAUCAACAUCACAAAAAGCGUUGAGAGGAGCGAGGAGAUGAGCAUGGAGAGUAGCUCGUCGGUGUCGGUGUCCGACGAGGGCUCGGAGGCGAACGGCGGCGGGUGCUGCUCGUCGUCAACGACGCCGAGCACGGACGCGGCGACGAACCUGAGCCGGACCUUCUCCGACGUGUCGUCCUUCUCGGAGGAGCAGAGCAGCAGCGUUGACCACAGCGGGCCUUUCGAGCCGUCCGCCGUGUCGAAGCUGAUGACCGGCCGCCGCUCGCCGGCCUCCGCGCUCGGCCGCCUCAGCAUGAAGCCCCGCGCCGACGUGCUCGACCGGCGAUCCACCGACGACGAGCUCGAGCUGGUGAAGGAGAGGUUCUCGAAGCUUCUGCUCGGCGAGGACAUGUCCGGCAGCGGCAAGGGCGUCUGCACCGCCGUCGCCAUCUCCAACGCCAUCACCAACCUCUACGCGACGGUGUUCGGGAACUGCCACAAGCUGGAGCCGUUGCCGGCGGGGAAGAAGACGAUGUGGAGGAGGGAGAUGGACUGCCUCCUGUCUGUCUGCGACUACAUCGUCGAGUUCUACCCUUCCACGCAGACUCUCCCCGACGGAACCAAAGUCGAGGUCAUGUCGACCAGGCCAAGAUCGGACAUUUACAUCAACCUCCCUGCUCUGGAGAAGCUCGAUGCCAUGCUCAUUGAGAUACUGGAUAGCUUCCAGAAGGCGGAGUUCUGGUACGCCGACGCCGGGACGAGGUCGUUCGGGUCGGUGACCUCGUCGUCGACGUCGUCGUCGUUCCGGCGGUCGACGCACCGGAACGAGGAGAAGUGGUGGCUGCCGGUGCCGUGCGUCCCCGACGCCGGCAUCUCCGGCAAGGCACGCAAGGACCUGCAGCAGAAGCGGGAAUGCGCCGGCCAGAUCCACAAGGCGGCCGUCGCCAUCAACACCGGCGUCCUCGGCGACAUGGAGGUCCCGGACUCCUUCAUGGCCGUCCUCCCAAAGAGCGGGAAGGCGAGCGUCGGCGACUCGGUGUACAGGGCGAUGCUGGGGGCGGAGAAGUUCUCGCCGGACUACCUGCUGGACUGCCUGGACAUGUCGUCGGAGCACGAGGCGCUGGCGAUGGCGGACAGGGUGGAGGCGGCCAUGUACGUGUGGCGGCGCAAGGCGAGCGCCAGCCACGGCAGGUCGCGGUGGAGCGCCGUCAAGGAGCUCGUCGGCGACGAGGAGAACGGCGACAAGAACGUGAUGCUGGCAGGCAGGGCCGAGAGCCUCCUGCUCUGCCUCAAGCACAGGUUCCCCGGCUUGUCUCAGACCACCCUGGACACCAGCAAGAUCCAGUUCAACAAGGAUAUUGGCCAGGCAAUCCUGGAGAGCUACUCAAGGGUGCUAGAGAGCUUGGCUUUUAACAUUGUGUCAUGGAUCGAUGAUGUCCUUUUUGCUGACAAGACGGCCAGGAAACAGUGAGCUGCAGCCAGAGCAUCUGGAUUGAAGCUUCCCAACAAGAGUUCUAGAUGGUUCUUUUAGUGCAGUUUCCAGGGAAAAAAAAAGUUAGAAACAUUAGGUAGGGUGAUUUUGCUGACCUAGAGAGGGAACUGUAAGCUUUAGCUUGCAAUAAUUCCUAGCAUGUUUCUGUCUGACCAGCAGUGCGUGUAUGUAUGAAGUAAAAUCUGUUUUCUAUUCCAUUUUGUUCCCUAACCCUUUUGCUCUCUUCCUUAUCAAAGCAUAGUG